AGGGUGUUAUAUAUAUAUAUCGACGACAUGUUCGGUGAUUUUCCUUCGCUCUCUCAGAUUUUGCAACCCGAAUUUCUGUUUCAGUUUCGGCGCCAAUGAAGGAUGGCGAUACCCUUCCCAUAAGCAAUGCCGCUUCGACGGCGGGGAAUGCGAAGAAGGACGCCGGAGAUUCGGCGUUGUUCGGGAAAGGUCGCUACAAGUUUUGGGCCUUGGCUGCGAUUCUACUGCUCGCCUUCUGGUCAAUGUUCACCGGCACCGUGACUCUCCGGUGGUCCGCUGGAAACCUCAAUCGAUUCUCCGACGACUUCGACUCCCCGAUCCACGAGGAUCUCGAUGUUCUCGAAAUGGAGGAGAGGGAGAAGGUGGUGAAGCACAUGUGGGAUGUGUACACCAAUGGCCGGAGGAUCAGAUUGCCGAGGUUUUGGCAGGAGGCCUUCGAGGCUGCUUACGAAGAGCUCAGUAGCGAUGUUCCUGGCGUAAAAGAGGCCGCCACUACGGAGAUCGCCAGGAUGUCCGUUCGCUCUGUUGUCAUAGAUCCUCCUCCGGCUCAUUCAACGAACGUACGAGAAUUGGCGAAGACUCUAAGACUUGCGGACAAAGGAGGAGUUGUCCAAAAUCCGGAACCAAACAGCCAUCUCUCCAGAAUCUUCUGAUCGAUCUCCCUUCGCUUUGCCGCUGGUUUGUCGAAGGGGGAAACACAGAGGUAUAUACUUCAUGCCCAAAAGAUAAAACGUGACCAGCAAUGCCCAUGUCUAGUGUGGUUUUUUUCUUCAAACAAGGGCAUAAAUCGUCGUUAUAGGGAUUAUGCGAUACAAAAAUUUUCAUUUUUUUGCGUUAUUCUGCAAAGCUGAUUUUUAUUUUCUUUUUGUAUGAAAUAAAAAGGUAAAAGAGUGAUAGGUUUUUGAGCAUUAUAACGUAGUUUUGUUGUCCAUGUGAGUAACACGGGCUCUAAGAGAUAUAAUAAGCCCAUUAAUCUUAUUACAUUGGGCUUGGGCCAAUCUUCUGCUACUUUGUAUGGUCGUAGUCAGUGGAA